CCCGGGACUAACAAUACUAGCCGACGGUGCGCGCGCCGCGGUUCAGAACCAUAGGGCAAGAUGGAGCAUAGGCACGCGGACUUCAACAUCUUGCUCGCGACGGAUUCCUACAAGGUCACUCAUUACAAGCAGUACCCCCCCAACACAAGCAAGGUCUACUCCUACUUUGAGUGUCGUGAGAAGAAGACCGAUUCCACCAAGGACAAGAAAGUCAAGUAUGACAAAACGGUCUUUUACGGCCUGCAAUACAUCCUCCACAAAUACUUAAAAGGAAAGGUGGUCACUCCAGAGAAGAUCCAGGAGGCGAAGAAGGUCUACCGGGAGCAUUUCCAGGAUGACGUCUUUAAUGAAAGUGGUUGGAACUACAUCCUCCAGGAGUACGAUGGCCACCUCCCCAUCGAGAUCAAGGCAGUGCCUGAGGGCAGUGUGAUCCCCCGCGGGAAUGUGCUCUUCACGGUGGAGAGCACCGACCCCAAGUGCUACUGGCUCACCAACUGGGUGGAGACGAUCCUGGUUCAGAUCUGGUACCCCAUCACUGUUGCCACCAACUCCAGGGAGCAGAAGAAGAUCCUGGCAAAGUACCUCAUGGAGACCGCGGGCAACCUGGACGGUCUGGAGUACAAGCUUCAUGACUUUGGCUACAGAGGAGUCUCUUCGCAGGAGACCGCUGGCAUCGGGGCCUCGGCUCACCUGGUGAACUUCAAGGGCACGGACACGGUGGCCGGCAUCGGCGUCAUUAAGAAGUUCUAUGGAACCAAGGACCCUGUGCCUGGGUUCUCUGUACCUGCAGCAGAACACAGCACAAUCACAGCCUGGGGGAAGGACCAUGAGAAAGAUGCUUUUGAACACAUAGUGAAGCAGUUUCCCUCCGUGCCCGUGUCCAUCGUCAGCGACAGCUACGACAUCUAUAACGCCUGCGAGAAGAUCUGGGGAGAAGAUCUUAGGAGCCUCAUCGAGUCCCGGAGUGCCGAUGCCCCCUUGGUGGUCCGCCCAGACUCAGGAAACCCUCUGGAUACUGUGCUGAAGGUUCUUGACAUUUUGGGCAAGAAGUUCCCUCCAAAGGAGAACAGCAGGGGCUACAAGGUCUUGCCCCCCUACAUCAGGGUGAUCCAGGGAGACGGAGUGGACAUCAACACCCUGCAAGAGAUCGUGGAGGGGCUGAAGCAGCACCGAUGGAGCAUCGAGAACAUCUCGUUUGGGUCGGGCGGCGCGCUGCUGCAAAAGCUCACCCGGGACCUGCUCAACUGCUCCUUCAAAUGCAGCUACGUUGUGACCAACGGACAGGGGGUGAACGUGUUCAAGGACCCCGUGGCAGAUCCCAAUAAACGAUCCAAAAAAGGCCGUUUGUCACUGCACAGAAAACCCAACGGGCACUUUGUCACCCUGGAGGAGGGCAAAGGGGAACUGGAGGAGUAUGGAGAGGACUUGUUACACACCGUCUUCAGGAAUGGGAGGAUAGUGAAGACUUACACCUUUGAUGAGGUCAGAGACAAUGCCAAGCUGAAGGAGUACGAGUUGGAGAAGCUGCUCAACUGAACAACCCCACCCCCCAGGCGACCCAAAUAUUCCACCGGAGUGGAGCUAUGAAGCCAAAACCCGUCCGACUUCGUAGGACCACGAACACCCAACUCAUCCGUAUUCUAAGCGUGGAACUGUUUUUUACCUCUGACCCCAGAAUAUUCUAGAUUUCGUGCUUAACGGAAGAAGGCCGACUGUACAAGAGAGCACUGCAGUUAAGAGUAUUAUUACUCUGCACAUAAAAAAUCAUGAGUUGAGCUGCACGCAGCUUUUGAAUGGAAAAUGGGGAAUGUGAGCGGUAACAAGAAUCUCUAAGGACUAUUUUGCUGUAGUACCUUAAGAUAGAUGUUAAUUGUUGCUUAAUGUGAGCAUUGUUUUUGAUGACAAACUACUUGUUGAAGGUUAUUAUAUUUCUUUAUGCAAAUGUUGGUAAUAAGGGGGAAAAAGCAUUUUUGCCUUUUUUUUUUUUGCAAACAUUUUCUUUUAUUGCUAAAAUUGGGUCUUUGCCACACACAUGACAUGCCACAUGAAGAUCUUAACAUGUCCUUUUCUGUACAGAGUCCCUGCUUCCAUGGAAACGAAAACAUUAAAUGGUCUUUCUUUUUGUACAAUUUAAAUACUUGUUUAGUACAUCAGUAAAUCCUUUAUGGCUAUUUUAUUAAAUUAUUGAAACUGAUAAUUUUACUGAAGCUUGAUUUUACAGUUUUGAUACUUAACAUUAUUUCACACUUAACAGAAUCAUUUUUAACAAAAGGUCAUUAUUGCUGUAAAGUUAUCACAUGAACUGUUUCUGACAGUGCAGCAGAACUGCCUUUUCUCUGUUUAAGUCGACUUAGUGGAAGGAACUGGCAAGGAUGGAGUGAUGGGCAUGUAUAUGUAUAUAUGUAUAAAAUUUUGUGUGCGUGUGUGUAUAUACACACACACACACACACACAAAAAUUCUAAAGUCCAUGUCAUAGAAAAUAACUUGUUCACCAAGUUGUUCUAUGACCAGCCCCUGCGCGUAGGAUAUCGUGUGACUUGACCGAAAAUGCUUAUAAUGAAUUUCAUGUUUUGUGUACCUGUCUUUUAUUUUCGUAGUUUUUCUUUCCUUUCUUCAUGUUUUUGAAAUUUUUGAAUAACAUUGUGAUGAUACAGUUUUCAAGUGACCACCAGAUCUAUUUAAAAUAUUUCCUUUGUUGCCAUUUCAAAAGGUGACUGCAUUCCUUUUUCUAUGUACUGAAAAAAUAUCUUGGAAAAACAGUAAACUAAAUGCACUACCAUCUAAUCUAAACCCAAAUCACAAACUUGAGAGAAAAAUGUGUGAAAAAUUUAAAUAAAAAGCAAUAUGGAAGAGA